AUGUCGUCCCCUUCUCCAUCUCUCCGCAGGAGAGUUGGCAAGAAGGAGACAUCCGUGGCAGAGCCAUCGGAGAAUGCCACACUGCGUCCCGCGGUCGUGGCUGCACGCAAUCAGUCUGAGUGGGAUUAUUGGCUGGCCAUGAUCGUCCUCACGAUUCUGGCUUUCGCAACUCGUUUCUAUCGCAUUGACUACCCCAAUGAGGUCGUCUUUGAUGAAGUUCAUUUUGGAAAGUUUGCCUCCUAUUACCUCCAGCGCAUGUACUUCUUCGACGUACACCCUCCCUUCGGCAAGCUCCUGUUCGCCUUUAUGGGCUGGUUGAUUGGCUAUGAUGGGCACUUCUUCUUCGAGAACAUUGGCGACUCGUACAUAGACAACAAAGUUCCCUAUCUUGCUCUGCGCGCUAUGCCCGCGACUCUGGGCGCGCUCACUAUUCCUGUGGUUUUCUUGACUAUGUGGGAGUCCGGAUAUUCCCUUCCAGCUUGCGUUUUGGCCGCUGGUCUGAUGGUCUUUGACAAUGCACACAUUGGUGAAGACCGCUUGAUCCUUCUCGAUUCCACUUUGGUCUUGUCCAUGGCUCUCAGCAUUCUGUGCUACGUGCGCUUCUACAAACUGCGCCAUCAGCCUUUCAGCCGCAAGUGGUGGAAGUGGCUGCUUCUUACUGGAUUCUGCAUGAGCUGUGUCAUCUCAACCAAGUACGUCGGUGUGUUCACUUUUGUGACCGUCGGUGCUGCUGUCAUGAUCGAUCUGUGGAACUUGUUGGACAUCAACCGUCGCCAAGGUGCUCUUGAUAUGUACACGUGGCUCAAGCACUUCGCCGCUCGUCUCGUUGCGCUCAUUAUUAUCCCCUUCUUCUUCUACCUCUUUUGGUUCCAGGUCCACUUUGCGGUUCUCACCCGCUCCGGACCUGGUGAUGAAUUCAUGUCUCCCGAGUUCCAGGAGACCCUCAGCGACAAUGCCAUGACCGCGCAGUCCGUUGGUGUCCAGUACUACGACGCCAUUACCCUUCGUCACAAGGACACCAAGACCCUCCUCCACAGCCACUGGGAGAAGUACCCCCUGCGCUAUGAUGAUGGCCGUAUCUCCAGUCAGGGCCAGCAGGUCACUGGCUACCCUCACAACGACACCAACAACCUUUGGCAGAUCAUUCCCACCCGACCUCUCGCCGCAGAUGACGAUGAGAGCAAGAGUGUGCGCAACGGCGAUAUCAUCCAGCUGUUCCAUGUUGGCACCAAGAGUUACCUCUUGACUCAUGACGUGGCUUCCCCGUACUAUCCUACCAACCAGGAAUUCACCACGGUGACCCCCGAUCUGGCUGAGGGUGAGCGUCGUAAUGACACUUUGUUCGAGCUCAAGAUUGAGAACGGCAAGCCUGCUCAAGAGUUCCGUACCUUUGCCAGUUUGAUCAAAUUGAUUCACGUGCCCACCCGCGUUGCCAUGUGGACUCAUACCACACCUCUUCCCGAGUGGGGCUUCAAGCAGGCCGAGAUUAACGGCAACAAGAAUAUCCUUGCAUCCAGCAACUUGUGGUUCGCGGAGACCAUUGACGGUCUUGCCCCCGAUAGCCCUCGUCGGACGCGCGAAGAGCGCAAGCCCAAGUCUUUGUCUUUCCUACGCAAGUACUUCGAGCUUCAGGGUGCCAUGUUCCACCACAACAACGCCUUGACGAGCAGCCACCCAUACGCCACUGAGCCCUUCCAGUGGCCGUUCUUGCUCCGUGGUGUAAGCUUCUGGACCAAGAACGAGACUCGCGGUCAGAUUUAUUUCCUGGGUAACCCCAUCGGAUGGUGGAUUGCUAGUAGUCUGUUGGCUGUCUUUGCCGGUAUUGUCGGUGCUGACCAGCUGUCUCUCCGCCGUGGAGUGGAUGCACUGGAAGAGAGUAAGUUCCUCCCUGAAGUUGUUGCCUUUGUCAAGCCAUCGACUAAUCAUGACCGCUUUCUCUUUUUCAUAGUUUGGGGACCCGGAGCCCGCUCACGUCUCUACAACAGUACUGGAUUCCUCUUCCUCUGCUGGGCUGCUCAUUACUUCCCCUUCUGGCUGAUGGGCCGUCAGCGGUUCCUACACCAUUAUUUGCCGUCGCACUUGGCGUCCACCAUGGUGACUGGUGCGCUGAUUGAGUUCAUCUUCAACUUCCAGCCGCUGGACCCCGCCACCGCGGAAGCGCCCGAGGACGAUCCUUCCGGUAAGGCCAAGGCGAACCGCAGUCUGGGUCGCUUUAUCACUGCCAAGGAGCGCAUGGGCCCCAGAUCAGUUGUUGCCGCCUGGGUUGCGACUAUCGUGAUUCUCGCAGCCACCAUCUAUGGAUUCGUCUUCUUCGCACCUUUAACCUACGGAUUGCCCGGCCUUGAUGUUGACGGUGUCAAUGCUCGCAAGUGGUUGAACUAUGAUCUCCACUUUGCCAAAUAA